AUGUCUCCAGGAAAAACAAGGAAAGAUCUUCCAGAAUAUGAGUAUCCAAAGGAAACAACAGAGAAGCUUGACUACGCUGAUCUCGAGGCUCUUGAUAUCUCCAAACUUGAUCAACCUGGAGGCAUAGAAGAGUUAUCAGCACAAGUCCUAAACUUCAUCAACAAGAAUGGCUUCUUCUACGUUGCAGGCCACGGCUUAACAGACGAGGACAUCAGACGCCAAUACGCCAUCGCGGAACAGUUCUUCGACCUCCCAUUAGAAGAAAAGACAAAAUACCUAGCCAACACCGCAGCCGGCGAUUUUCGAGGCUACAAAGCAAGGGCUACGGGAGAGCAAGCAGGAAAAGACAAUGACGAACGAUACAAUAUCCCAAAAUUUACACCUGAACAUGAACGUCCGCAUCCACAACUGAUACUUGAUCACUAUGAAGAAAUAAAGACCUUCUCUUUGCACAUCCACAACCAAAUUCUCCUCCCCCUCCUUCGAAUCUUCGCCCACGCGCUGGAACUCGACACCGAAUACUUCGUAAACCAGCACCGGUACACCGCCCCGGGCCUCGAAUACCUCCGCUACAUGAAAUACCACCCCUCGCCCCGCCCCCUCUGGGCCAUCGGCCACACCGACUACAACACCCUCACAUUCCUCUUCCACCAACCCAUCUCGGGUCUCCAAGUACAAACUCCCCUCGGCUGGAAAUACAUCCGCUCGUCCCCCCUCUCAAUCAUCGUCAACGUCGCCGACGCUUUAGAACUCCUGUCCGGCGGGUACCUGAAGAGUACGGUGCAUAGGGUUGUCCGGCCGCCGGUGGACCAGAGGGAGAGUGCGAGGUUGAGUUUGAUUUAUUUUGCGCGGCCCGAGAGUCAGGUGCGGUUGGAGAGGGUGCGGAGUCCGUUGUUGGAGCGGUUGGGCGUGAAAGCGGAGGGGGAGGAGUCGUUGGGGGGUGUUACGGCGGAGGAGUGGGCGAGAGCGAGGAUUGCGAAGGAUCAUAGGUUUAGGGCGGGGUUGGUGGGGAGUCGGGAGGGGGAGAUUAUUGCGGGGGUGAAGCAGAAGUAUUAUGAUUAA